GGGAGGGGCCAAGGCACCCUGAGUGUGCCGACUGUGCGGGCCUGGGGCUGUCUGUUCAUCCAUCAGUGGUCUGGAGGGUUCCAGGAGUGAAGACCCCCAGGCUGAUUUGCCAGGGGCGGGGGUCUGCAGUGAGGAGGGAGGACUCCAGGCCCACCAGCACCAGAUCAGAAGACUGAGGAGCCUUGGUGGCACACAGGGGUUGUGUGUCCGGGGGUGGGGGGCGCGGCCUGGGGGGGCCCUGCCUCUGGUAGCUUUCCCUUUUCCCUGUCCCCUUUACACCCCCUGCAAAGCAGGGUUCCUGACCCUCAAGGCCACCGGUGGAGCCUGGGAGGAGGGAGGAGAGAGGAGGCUGGGACGAGGGGUGGAGUGGGGGGAGGAGGAGGAGGAGGGAGGGUGAGCUGGAGGCAGCAGGGCGAGAGGCCCGGCAGAUGCUGGCGGAGCCGGAGCAACCGCGGACUCAGAGAGCCCUUCUGCCAGCGCCGCGGGGACUCUAGCUUCAGGGGCUCUUCACAGGCCCUGGGCGUGCCUCAGGGACGGGACCCGGCAAAGAUGACGUGGAUCUGUCUGUCCUGCAUGCUCUGGCCAGAGGAUCUGGAGGCCCCCAAGACACACCGCUUCAAGGUGAAGACCUUCAAGAAGGUGAAGCCCUGUGGGAUCUGCCGCCAGGUCAUCACCCAGGAAGGCUGCACCUGCAAAGUCUGCAGCUUCUCCUGUCAUCGGAAAUGCCAGGCCAAGGUGGCUGCCCCCUGCGUUCCUCCAUCCAACCAUGAGCUGGUGCCUAUCACCACUGAGAAUGCACCAAAGAAUGUAGUGGACAAGGGAGAAGGAGCCUCCCGGGGUGGAAACACACGGAAAAGCCUCGAGGACAACGGCUCCACCAGGGUCACCCCGAGUGUCCAGCCCCACCUCCAGCCCAUCAGAAACAUGAAUGUGAGCCGGACCAUGGAGGACAGCUGUGAGCUGGACCUAGUGUACGUCACAGAGAGGAUCAUCGCUGUCUCCUUCCCCAGCACAGCCAAUGAGGAGAACUUCCGGAGCAACCUCCGUGAGGUGGCGCAGAUGCUCAAGUCCAAACAUGGAGGCAACUACCUGCUGUUCAACCUCUCUGAGCGGAGACCUGACAUCACGAAGCUCCAUGCCAAGGUACUGGAAUUUGGCUGGCCCGACCUCCACACCCCAGCCCUGGAGAAGAUCUGCAGCAUCUGUAAGGCCAUGGACACAUGGCUCAAUGCAGACCCUCACAAUGUCGUUGUUCUACACAACAAGGGAAACCGAGGCAGGAUAGGAGUUGUCAUCGCCGCUUACAUGCACUACAGCAACAUUUCUGCCAGUGCGGACCAGGCUCUGGACCGGUUUGCAAUGAAGCGGUUCUAUGAGGAUAAGAUUGUGCCCAUUGGCCAGCCAUCCCAAAGAAGGUACGUGCAUUACUUCAGUGGCCUGCUCUCCGGCUCCAUCAAAAUGAACAACAAGCCCUUGUUUCUGCACCAUGUGAUCAUGCACGGCAUCCCCAACUUUGAGUCUAAAGGAGGAUGUCGGCCGUUUCUCCGCAUCUACCAGGCCAUGCAACCUGUGUACACAUCUGGCAUCUACAACAUCCCAGGAGACAGCCAGACUAGCGUCUGCAUCACCAUCGAGCCAGGACUGCUCUUGAAGGGAGACAUCUUGCUGAAGUGCUACCACAAGAAGUUCCGAAGCCCAGCCCGAGACGUCAUCUUCCGUGUGCAGUUCCACACCUGUGCCAUCCAUGACCUGGGGGUUGUCUUUGGGAAGGAGGACCUUGAUGAUGCUUUCAAAGAUGAUCGAUUUCCAGAGUAUGGCAAAGUGGAGUUUGUAUUUUCUUAUGGGCCAGAGAAAAUUCAAGGCAUGGAGCACCUGGAGAACGGGCCGAGCGUGUCUGUGGACUAUAACACCUCUGACCCCCUCAUCCGCUGGGACUCCUACGACAACUUCAGUGGGCAUCGAGAUGACGGCAUGGAGGAGGUGGUGGGACACACGCAGGGGCCACUAGAUGGGAGCCUGUAUGCUAAGGUGAAGAAGAAAGACUCCCUGCACGGCAGCACCGGGGCUGUUAAUGCCACACGUCCUACACUGUCGGCCACCCCCAACCACGUGGAACACACGCUUUCUGUGAGCAGCGACUCGGGCAACUCCACAGCCUCCACCAAGACCGACAAGACCGACGAGCCUGUCCCCGGGGCCUCCAGUGCCACUGCUGCCUUGAGUCCCCAGGAGAAGCGGGAGCUGGACCGCCUGCUGAGUGGCUUUGGCUUAGAGCGAGAGAAGCAAGGCGCCAUGUACCACACCCAGCACCUCAGGUCCCGCCCCGCAGGGGGCUCGGCUGUGCCCUCCUCUGGACGCCACGUUGUCCCAGCCCAGGUUCAUGUCAAUGGUGGGGCGUUAGCGUCUGAGCGGGAGACAGACAUCCUGGACGAUGAAUUGCCAAACCAGGAUGGUCACAGUGCGGGCAGCAUGGGCACACUCUCUUCUCUGGACGGGGUCACCAACACCAGUGAGGGGGGCUACCCAGAGGCCCUGUCCCCACUGACCAAUGGUCUGGACAAGUCCUACCCCAUGGAGCCUAUGGUCAAUGGAGGAGGCUACCCCUACGAGUCUGCCAGCCGGGCGGGGCCUGCCCAUGCUGGCCACACGGCCCCCAUGCGGCCCUCCUACUCUGCACAGGAGGGUUUAGCUGGCUACCAGAGGGAGGGGCCCCACCCAGCCUGGCCACAGCCAGUGACCACCUCCCACUAUGCCCAUGACCCCAGCGGUAUGUUCCGCUCUCAAUCCUUUUCGGAAGCUGAACCCCAGCUGCCCCCAGCUCCAGUCCGAGGAGGAAGCAGCCGGGAGGCUGUGCAAAGGGGACUGAAUUCAUGGCAGCAGCAGCAGCAGCAGCAGCAGCCUCGCCCACCUCCACGCCAGCAGGAAAGAGCCCACUUGGAGAGUCUUGUAGCCAGCAGGCCCAGCCCUCAGCCAUUGGCAGAGACCCCCAUCCCCAGUCUCCCUGAGUUCCCGCGAGCAGCCUCCCAGCAGGAGAUUGAACAGUCCAUCGAAACACUCAACAUGCUGAUGCUGGACCUGGAGCCAGCCUCCGCUGCUGCCCCACUACACAAGUCCCAGAGUGUCCCCGGGGCCUGGCCAGGGGCUUCUCCACUCUCCUCCCAGCCCCUCUCUGGAUCCUCCCGUCAGUCCCAUCCACUGACCCAGUCCAGAUCUGGCUAUAUCCCCAGUGGGCAUUCGUUGGGAACCCCUGAGCCAGCCCCACGGGCGUCUCUGGAGUCUGUCCCUCCUGGCAGGUCUUACUCACCUUAUGACUAUCAGCCAUGUUUGGCUGGGCCUAACCAGGAUUUCCAUUCAAAGAGCCCAGCCUCUUCCUCCUUGCCUGCCUUCCUUCCGACCACCCGCAGCCCUCCAGGGCCUCAGCAACCCCCAUCCUCUCUCCCUGGCCUCACUGCUCAGCCUCUGCUCUCACCAAAGGAAGCGACUUCAGACCCCUCCCGGACUCCAGAGGAGGAGCCAUUGAAUUUAGAAGGGCUGGUGGCCCACAGGGUAGCAGGGGUACAGGCUCGGGAGAAGCAGCCUGCAGAGCCCCCAGCCCCUCUGCGGAGGCGGGCGGCCAGUGAUGGACAGUAUGAGAACCAGUCUCCAGAAGCCACAUCCCCUCGUAGCCCUGGGGUUCGCUCCCCUGUCCAGUGUGUCUCCCCGGAGCUGGCUCUUACCAUCGCUCUCAAUCCUGGAGGGCGGCCCAAAGAGCCCCAUUUGCACAGCUACAAGGAGGCCUUCGAGGAGAUGGAGGGAACCUCCCCGAGCAGCCCACUGCCCAGUGGGGUGCGGUCCCCCCCGGGUCUGGCCAAGACACCCCUGUCUGCUCUGGGCCUGAAACCCCACAACCCAGCGGACAUCCUGUUGCACCCCACAGGAGUUACCAGAAGACGGAUCCAGCCAGAGGAAGAUGAGGGGAAGGUGGUGGUCAGGCUGUCAGAAGAGCCCCGGAGCUAUGUGGAGUCUGUGGCACGGACAGCGGUGGCUGGACCCCGAGCUCAGGACUCUGAGCCCAAGAGCUUUAGUGCUCCAGCCACCCAGGCCUAUGGCCACGAGAUACCCCUGAGGAACGGGACCCUGGGUGGCUCCUUUGUCUCCCCCAGCCCCCUCUCCACCAGCAGCCCCAUCCUCAGUGCUGACAGCACUUCAGUGGGGAGUUUCCCAUCAGGAGAGAGCAGUGACCAGGGUCCCCGGACGCCCACCCAGCCUCUGUUGGAGUCUGGCUUCCGCUCAGGCAGCCUGGGACAGCCCAGCCCGUCUGCCCAGAGAAACUACCAGAGCUCUUCUCCUCUCCCGACUGUGGGCAGUAGCUACAGCAGCCCCGACUACUCACUUCAGCAUUUCAGCUCCUCUCCGGAAAGCCAGGCCCGAGCUCAGUUCAGUGUGGCUGGCGUCCACACGGUGCCUGGGAGCCCUCAGGCGCGCCACAGAACAGUGGGCACCAACACUCCCCCUAGUCCUGGCUUCGGCCGGCGGGCCAUCAAUCCCAGCAUGGCUGCCCCCAGCAGUCCCAGUUUGAGCCAUCGCCAGAUGAUGGGUCCACCAGGCACUGGCUUCCAUGGUAGCACUGUCUCCAGCCCCCAGAGCAGUGCAGCAACCACCCCGGGGAGCCCCAGCCUGGGUCGGCACCCAGCAGGGGUCUACCAGGUUUCUGGCCUCCACAACAAUGUGGCCACCACCCCGGGGAGUCCCAGCCUGGGCCGGCACCCUGGGGCUCACCAAGGCAACCUGGCCUCCGGUCUUCACAGCAAUGCAAUAGCCAGCCCUGGAAGCCCCAGCCUGGGCCGUCACCUCGGAGGGUCUGGAUCUGUGGUUCCCGGCAGCCCCUGCUUGGACCGGCAUGUGGCCUAUGGUGGCUAUUCUACCCCCGAGGAUCGGAGACCCACACUGUCCCGGCAGAGCAGUGCCUCUGGCUACCAGGCUCCUUCCACGCCCUCCUUCCCUGUCUCCCCUGCCUACUACCCUGGCCUGAGCAGCCCUGCCACCUCCCCGUCACCAGACUCCGCAGGCUUCCGGCAAGGGAGCCCAACACCAGCCUUGCCAGAGAAGCGAAGGAUGUCAGUGGGAGACCGGGCAGGCAGCCUCCCCAACUAUGCCACCAUCAAUGGGAAGGUGUCUUCGCCUGUCGCCAGCGGCAUGUCCAGUCCCAGCGGGGGCAGCACCGUCUCCUUCUCCCACACUCUGCCCGACUUCUCCAAGUACUCCAUGCCAGACAACAGCCCGGAGACACGGGCUAAAGUGAAGUUUGUCCAGGACACUUCUAAGUAUUGGUACAAGCCUGAGAUCUCCAGGGAGCAGGCCAUCGCGCUCCUCAAGGACCAGGAGCCGGGGGCCUUCAUCAUCCGCGACAGUCACUCCUUCCGAGGCGCGUAUGGGCUGGCCAUGAAGGUGUCUUCGCCACCUCCAACCAUCAUGCAGCAGAAUAAAAAAGGAGACAUGACCCAUGAGCUGGUCAGGCAUUUUCUGAUAGAGACCAGCCCCAGAGGAGUCAAGCUCAAGGGCUGCCCCAAUGAGCCAAACUUCGGAUCGCUGUCUGCCCUGGUCUACCAGCACUCCAUCAUCCCAUUGGCCCUGCCUUGCAAGCUGGUCAUUCCAAACCGAGACCCCACAGAUGAAUCGAAAGAUAGCUCCGGCCCUGCCAACUCAACUGCAGACCUGCUGAAACAAGGAGCAGCCUGCAAUGUGCUCUUCGUCAACUCUGUGGACAUGGAGUCACUCACUGGGCCACAGGCCAUCUCUAAAGCCACAUCUGAGACGUUGGCUGCAGACCCCACGCCAGCUGCCACCAUCGUUCACUUCAAAGUCUCUGCCCAGGGAAUCACUCUGACUGACAACCAGAGAAAGCUCUUUUUCAGACGCCACUACCCUCUCAACACUGUCACCUUCUGUGACCUGGAUCCACAGGAAAGAAAGUGGAUGAAAACAGAGGGUGGUGCCCCUGCUAAGCUCUUCGGCUUCGUGGCCCGGAAGCAGGGCAGCACCACGGACAACGCCUGCCACCUCUUUGCUGAGCUUGACCCCAACCAGCCGGCCUCUGCCAUCGUCAACUUCGUCUCCAAGGUCAUGCUGAAUGCCGGCCAAAAGAGAUGAACCCUGCCCCUUGCCCAGGGCCAGUGCCAUGGGGAAGGGGCUUGUGGGGAGGGGACCCAUGAAUCCUGACCACUCUUGAACCCAGAAGGAGGACUUUGGGCCAAUUUCGGAGGAGAGAAGAAAGUGCAACGUGGGGAGAGGGAAGUGAAUUGUAGAGGGGAGGGGGAAGAGAGAGAGAGAGAGAGAGAAAGAAAAAGAUGGAGGAGAAGAACUUGGAUUCCCCUGGGUAAAUGGAAACUGCAAAAACCCAAAGCCUCCAAAACUAACCAGGUCCACCUAACACCCCCUCCCUCCCCCAAGAAGAUGGAUGUCCUCAAAAGAGAAGGAACAAACCUCCUUGGGAAUCCACAUUUUUGGGGGGAAUGGAAAAGCUCUGUCUCCCUAACUCAACUGCUUUGCAAGGGUAAAUCAAGCUGGGAGAAUCUUUUUCUGGCCACCUGUAGGGUAGGUUGUCAAACCAAACAGAGCCACCGUGGGACAUCAAGUGGCAGAACUUGUUCGCUUGAAAGUAUCUCAGACCCAAGGCACCUCAGGUCUCUUUGCUGUGCCUCCACUAUAUUGUCGUGUGGGUGUGUGUCUGCACCCACAUCCUCACACAUUGAUCUAGAUCUGCCUUUAUCCACUCAAAUUAUAAACAGCUCGGCUUGUCCUUGUCCCAUGUGUUUGUAGACACACAUGCAUACUGUCCAAAGAUUAGGGUUGGUGGUGGCAGCGCAGUAGGGGAGGGACAAACAACCAAGCUAUGGGUGACAGAGGCUCUCUCCUGGUGCCUGCACCUGCACUCUAGUGACCCUGGGUGCCGCCAGACCCUUCUCCUCUACAAAGACCCCAGCAGGAGUGGGAGGGUCUGCAAUGGCAUCGCCCUGUCCUGCCUUGGCCAGAAGCCUGGAGCUUUGGUUUGAGGAGGUAGAGAUAUGUGUAUCCAUAGGAAGAGAUCUGUCAGAACAGGCAGCUGUUGAGCUCGGGGUGUCUUCCCCAAGGCAUGUGGCUCAGCAGCAAGAAAGGCAAGUUGCUCCUGCUGGGGCCCUGGACUCUGCCUUAGCUCCCACCUCUCAGCCUUGUUAUUGGGUUUCAUGCCCCUGGACCAGCCUUAUCUCAGACCUGCUUACCUGCAUGAUGCCUUUUUGGGGGCUGGGGAUUGAGUCUUGCUGCUCUGCCCAGCCCUGUUCUAUUCUGCAGGGUCCCUGUGUUGGAAUUCACCCUGGGGAACCUGCUUUCUGCUCAGUGAGGCUCCGGCCAGAAACCUGGAGUCCUUAUCCUCCCCUCUGUAAGUGUUUUAGGGUCUGGCUUUUGCAGGCACCCUCUGACCUCAGCAGAGCUCCUGGGCCUGCUGCCUGUACACCACAUCGCCUACCUACAAUGCCAAAGCCUCACUGUCACCCUUUCUGCCUUGGUUUCCCUAGCUGAGCCACGCUGCCCAUGCAGCAGAGGGCAGAAGGCUUGCACUUGGGCCAAAGGGCCUAAGGUCCGCUGGACAGUUGGGAAAACACCUGACCACCAUUUAAGGACUCUAAGCCAGAAUGGAAAAUUCACCAGGGCUCCAUUCUUAAGCCUAUGGGAGUCCCCUAGAGAGAGGCAUUGUACUGAUAUAUAAAUAUUAUAUAAUAUAUACAUGAGACAUACUGACAGAAUCUGUAAGCUAAUAAAAUGUAAGAAAAGGUUAAAAAAAGAA